AUGGAAUUAUUCACAUUUUCGGUUAUUCUUCUAUCAUCAAUUUCGGGUUUCAAUUCAGCUUCAGUUUCAUCAUUGGAAUGUGGAGCCUGCUCUCUGCUAGUGACACACUUUGAGCUCAAAAUCGCUGGAGUUGACCCCAAGAAGAAAAUCGAAGUGGGCAGUUUCCGUGUAUCACCAACUGGGGAACAAAAAGGGCUUAAAGAAAUCGGUUAUGCACGAUCUGAAUCUCAUCUGACUGAAAUUAUUGAGAACGUUUGCGAUGAGGCGAAGCAUUAUAAACUUGUGGUUAAUACGAUAACUGGGAAGUCUGUAUACGUCCACAAAGAUGCGACAUAUUUGAAAGGAGAUGAGACUUCGAAAAUGAGAUCUCGUUUGCAAAAUGCUUGCAACGACUUCAUCGAUUCGCAUGAAGACGAGCUUCUAACAUUCUUGAAAACCGCCCACGAGGAACCAGUCAAACAAUUCUGCCACUUGGAAGUUGGAGUUUGCUCAUCUGUCGACGUGGCAGCUCUCCCACCAAACGAGCCACCACAAGACGACACAAUGGAUCUUUCGGAUAUCCCAGAUGACGAACUUUAG